AUGUCUUCUUUUACUGAGUGGUCUGACGCUCAGCUUCGUCUUCUCAUCAACGAACUAAGCUUAACGAACAAGAGAAUACCAACUUUUUCCUCAACGGCCAAAAGAUAUAGAGAAGGAACUGGAACCAAGAAGAGUUUGGUGGGAAAAAAAUAUACAAAGAGUUCUCAGAGAAGUUCUGAACUUCCAUUCGAGCAAGUGCGUAAUGAAAAUGUUAGUAGGACGAGUUCUCACGAGACAUCAGCCUCCUCAAUCUCACCUGAACGGCCCAAAGAGAAAUCAAGUUCUGCCAUUGGCGUCUCCAGAAAAUCAUUAUCACUUGCAAAUCCUGUCGAAACACCUAAUAUUUCCAGACCUAUUACUCCAACAUUACCUUCUUUUUCGCAAAAUGCAAACGUGAUCAAUGUUACUUUUAAUUAUGGUGGUGCUCAAACAGAAGAUGAUUAG